CAAACACACACACAGAAUAGUAGUAGUAGUAGUGAUGGGUAGGUUUAGGUUAUGUAUGUUGUUGGUUGUGUUUUUGAUGGUGGUGGUGGUGAGUGGAGUUUCAGGGCAAGUUGGAAGUGGGAGAUCAGAGAUGGUGCCAGCCAUGUUCGUGUUCGGAGACUCUCUGAUUGACAAUGGGAAUAACAACAACCUUCCUUCCUUUGCCAAGGCCAACUAUUUCCCUUACGGCAUUGAUUUCAACGGUGGCCCUACCGGCCGUUUCUCCAAUGGCUACACCAUGGUUGAUGAAAUAGCUGAGCUGCUCGGACUUCCUUUGCUUCCUGCAUACUCUGAAGCUUCAGGUGAACAAUUGCUUCACGGAGUCAACUAUGCCUCCGCCGCUGCCGGAAUCCUCGAUAUCACUGGCAGAAACUUUGUGGGUCGCAUACCAUUUAAUCAGCAGAUCAGAAACUUCCAGAGCACACUGGAUCAGAUAACAGACAAUCUUGGUGCAGAUGAUGUGGCCCGGGCGAUCGGACGGUGCAUAUUUUUCAUUGGGAUGGGCAGCAAUGACUACCUAAACAAUUACCUUAUGCCUAAUUACCCAACCCGGAAUCAGUACAAUGGACAACAAUUUGCUGAUUUCUUGGUCCAACAAUACACCCAGCAACUCACCAGACUUUACAAUCUUGGAGCUCGGAAAUUUGUUAUUGCAGGGAUCGGCCAAAUGGGCUGCAUUCCUAGCAUGUUGGCCCAAAGCCCAACCGGAACUUGCUCAGAACCGGUCAACCUUCUUAUUCAACCUUUUAAUGCAAAUGUGAAGACAAUGAUCAACAAUCUCAGUGCCAAUCUACCAGGUUCCAGAUUCACUUACGUUGACAUUGCCCAUAUGUUUUCAGACAUCGCAACCAACGCUAGAUCUUACGGAUUUACUGUUGUUAAUCGAGGGUGCUGUGGGAUCGGGCGAAACAGAGGUCAGAUCACCUGUCUUCCGUUCCAGACGCCAUGUCCAAACCGAGAGCAAUACGUGUUCUGGGACGCGUUCCACCCAACAGAGAAAGUGAACAUCAUCAUGGCGAGGAAGGCUUUUAGCGGAGACCAAAGCUUUAUUUCUCCGAUGAACAUACAGCAGCUUGCAAAUCUAGCUAUUGAGAUUAAUUAGCGUUUAGAAAGCUUGCAGCUAUCCAUGCAAUAAUUAAUUCUUAAUCAUAAAUGCAUGCAUACCAUUUUCGUCGGUCCAUUUGAGCGUUAUAUAAAACAAAUCAAAGAACGGUGUACGUACGUGGGCUUACAGCUUCUAUAAUUCCAGCUACUUUGAUUUGGUUCUUACAGUA